UACGGAGAAAUCGGGGCUUUUGAACGGUGUACUCCCUAAAGGAGGAUAAGGAAUUGAUAGCUGCAGCUUCCUUGCAAUCCAUUUUUUGGUAUUUGCACCUCCUGCUUUUUCUGAGGUUUUAGAUCAAGAAGCGCCAUGAGCACAACUCAACGGAAGCGCCGUGGAGGAGCAGAUAAUUCUAGGCGAGCUCGGAAACGGAACAGGCUGAUGGCUUCUUCUUCUGCAGGAAGGGUUUCAGAAGCAGAGCCAAUAGAACUUGAGGAGAGUGCUGUUGAAGAAGUAGUAGAUCUCACGGGUGAAUCUUCGGAUCCUGUAGUCGUUGAUCUAACUCGCAAUGAUUCUGUUGUGAUUGUUGAAGAGACUCAACGACGAAGGAGAAAUCCCAGACUGAGAGGCCAGCGACAGCCAGACAUCUGUAUAGUGAUUAGCGAUGAGGAAGAUGAACCAAGAAAUAAUGAUGUGUAUGUAACAGAGACAGUGAGUUCUCGGCCGUCUGGUACCGUUAGCUGUCCGAUUUGCAGGGAUGGCUACUCAAAGAUUGUGCAAAGUGGACGACUGAUUGCGUCAACCAAAUGCGGCCACGUCUUCUGCAGUCAGUGCCUCCGUGAGGCCCUGAGGAAUGCCAACUUUUGCCCAAUGUGCAGGAAGGCACUCACUCACACAGAGUGUCAUCCCAUUUAUAUCUGA